GGGGCGUCUCGCCGUUGCAGAGAGAAAGAUACCCUGUUACCUGAAACUGGUUCGAGGAUUUUUUUUUUUCGAAGAACAAAUUGGUUGGGGGAUUGACUAGGGGGAGCAGGGAGGAGGACCAGAGGAUGGUGAAGGGGAGGCCGAAGCCGACGCCAGUCAACGCGCCGGCCGAGGUGGUCUUCGACCCAUCGGCCUCCGGCGCCCGGAAGCCCCGCCGCCCCGGGGCGCCGUCCGCCAGCAAUGAGUGGCACAGCUUCAUGGGAUCGAGUCUCUCGGACAUGUAUCGGAAGCCAGUUUUGGAGGAAUCUGCGGACACAUCUGACGAUGAGCCUGACAUUGAUAUUGGGAAGCUGUUGAAAGAUGUUGAGCUCUUUGGUGCAUCUUCAUUUAAGGAGCGGAAGAAAAUCGAGAACCGUAAAGUGGUCGAAUUGGGUGGAAAGGCCGUUAAGAAACACCGCAUACCUUUAAGUGUAGCGAAGCCAGCUCUUAAGAAUCAGAAGAAAAGAGAGUUGAAGAAAAUUGAAGAGGAAAAGCUACUUGGGAUUUUUAGGAAGCGAGACAAGAAUAGCAAAGCUCAGAAGACCAGACCGGAGGACCGAGUUCUCAGGGCCACGGAAGGACACUUCAAGAAUGGUAUACUAGACGUGAAGCAUCUUCUGUCGGCACCAAAACCAUCAGGCAGGGAUGCACCGGAGCCAAAGAUGAGAAAGGGCAAGCACAAGGGAAAGGGGAAACAGAAGGGAGGCAGAGGAAAGAGGCGUUGAAGAAAACACCUUUUUAACCAGUUUUGUAUUAAGACAGAUGACUGAAACUUAAGAUGACACCUUGUAAUCGUUCUGGCAUUAAGAUAUUGUACCAUGUUCUUCUAGAAUCUUGGAAGCAAGUUUAUUUCAAAAAAAAAAUCUUGGAAGCAAUACUUAAACCGAUGUAAUCCUCGAGGCUGCAAUUCGUCAAAGUCGUGUUUGCUUCA